AUGUCUUCAUAUAACAACCCAACCAUAAUGUUGUCCAUAUGUGAAAUACUUAUUCUACUACUAUCAUUUUCAUCACCAAUAUUCACAAAAGGUUUAACCACCAACAACAACUCUUUAAUUCCAUAUAUCCAGGUUGGUAAAGAUAUAACAAGUCUAUAUUAUGUAAAUGUGACACUUGGUACUCCAGGUCAACAGCAGGUGUUAAGAGUGGAUCUAGGCCAACCAUAUGUAUGGGUUGUAUCGGAUGGUUUUUACAUUGAAAAUGAAAUAUUGGAGUGUGAAUGUUUCGCAGCUUCUACAUAUUAUAGCAAUCAAAGUUCCACCUCCAUAUUAUUGGAUUAUGGUAAGAUUUGGAAUAUGUAUUUUAUCAAUGAUAUUCACAUUGAUGGUUCUGCAUACAUGGACACUUUGGAUUUCCCAAAUGUGGAAUAUUUAUCCAGUUCUACUUCUAGCGUUAAUAAAAAUAUUACCGAUAAUAGCACACAAUCGGUCAGUUUGAACUCCAACAGUAUUCAGAUUACUGAAUUUGGGUUCAUUAAUGCAAAUUUUUCGGAUUAUAUAGAUGGUGCAUUAGGAUUAAGUGGCAACAUAGUUAACAGUGAACUAGACACAGAUUCCAGCAAUUUCAAUGAAUCCUUUAGUUUUUUAAAUAGUUUGGUGGUUAGUGGUACAAUAGAAUCAAAAUCUUUUUCUUUAUGGCUAGGAGCCGAUUAUAACACAAAUUAUAGUGCAGUAGAUAAUAGUGCCACAUAUGAUUACUCUUUAGACAGCAUCGGAAUGUUGUUAUUGGGUGGUGUGGACCCUGCAUUGUAUACUGGUAAUUUUAUUAAAUUUGAUACAAUCUCCUUUUACAACGAAACAUCGAAGAAUACAACCAAUGGUUAUCCAAUUAUCCCAUUAACAAAGGUCAGUGUUACUGCAGAUUCAGGCGUUUCUUUAAAUUUAACUGCGGACAGUUUUGUUGAACCUGUUUUCAUUGAUAGUAGAUAUACCUUUAGUUUUUUGCCAUUGGACGUUGUUAUUGAGCUAGCUAUCCAGACGAAUGCAUUUUUCAUUAAAUCUUUGGGAACUUGGGUAGUUAGUUGUGAUUUGGGCAACAUCAAUGCGACUGUAAACUAUGAAUUUGGAGAUUUAAGUAUUGACAUCCCACUAGGCGACAUAAUUACCGAUAGCUAUGACCCAGAAAUCGGACAAGAUUUACAUUUUGCUGAUGGAACGAAAGCUUGUUUUUUAAAAGUUGUUCCGAACACAUACAUAGGGUAUAGUGUAUUGGGUACCUCUUUUUUGAAAAACGUGUAUUUUGCAGCUGACCUUGAAGAUAAUACGGUUGCCUUGGCACAGGCUAAGAAAAUGGAGAGUGUUGACGGUGAGCAAGAAACCCCCGAGGGCAAAAAUAUUGUUUUGAAAGAAGACAGUGCCAGCGGAAGCUCCACCGGUGUUGCUACGUCAACGGGCGAAGUCGCCUUCAUCAGCUCAGGACAUAUACCAUAUGCCACAUAUAACAACAUCACUGCGUUAUAUUCUGGACUAACUCUUACCAUUCUAGAAACCAAAUCGUCUAACAGUCUGGCUAACGCAUUUCCUGCAAAUGUACAGGCGGGGACUAUUUUUUCGGACGGUGAGGUGCUGACGGGGAAAAGUUUAUUUGCCACGACAACUAGUAGUACGUCAAGCAGUGUGUCAUAUGUGGUGGUAUCCUCUGGUGGCACCACAAUAACCUCUACUAUCGGAAAAAACACAGGUACAACGGGUGUCACGGGUAGUAGCAACUCCGCAGUUUCCAGUGUGUCAUCUAGUGUAAAUAGCCUUGUUUCGACUAUAAUUGUAUCGUUAUCUACCGAAACCAGCUCUGAUAAAACAUACACAUAUACAUUUAUAACUACUGUGGAUGCGAUACAAUCUGUUGAGUCUUAUAUGGUUACCACUGACGGUACCUCAUACUUAAGUUAUAUUACAAUCAUUUUGACUACGUUGUCUAGCAUGGUUGAUACAACGAAUGGAACGUCUACCAGUGCCAGACAGAAUGUGAAUGCCAAUUAUGGGAAUAAAAUGGCAGUUCCCCUUUUGCAACAUACACAUGGAGAUAAUAUUAUGGAGCUUAGAUCUAAUGGUGGAAUGAUUUUAUUGUUGGUGCUUGUGGUUGUAUUUGUUGCUCUUAUUGGUAUUGUUUGA